CUUUUACAAGAUAUAUGCCUCAAUUCAUAAUCCACGGCGAAAGCGAUAGGCUAUGAGAAAACUCGUGGUCUAAGUGGCAGUGAUUGUCCUUUACAAAUGGCGACUCACGGUUAAACACGCCGCCUUGUGUAAUCGCGAGGAUAUUUGGCCGUAUCGGUGUAAAAAAUUUAGAAGAGCAAUAAGAAAUUGAAGAAUGGGAAACGUACUCGCAGCCUCCGCACCUCUUGCACCUCCACCACCACCAUCACCUUUGCCUCCAAGUCCAGGAUUCUCACCGAGUUUAUCGAAACCAGAUGAGGAAACGGGACUUGGUUCGCCCGUCGAGGCUUCUGAUCGUCUCGAAAAUCCGGGAACGAUCGAAGAUCUUCACAAGAAGUGCAAAGAUGUGUUUCCUGUGAAUUUUGAGGGUGCAAAGUUAAUGCUCAACAAAGGCCUCAGCAGUCACUUCCAGAUUUCCCAUACAAUAAAUAUGAGCUCUGUAACGCAGUCUGGAUAUAGAUUCGGAGCAACAUAUGUAGGAACAAAACAAUUGUCUCCUACAGAAGGAUAUCCUAUAUUAUUAGGUGAUAUUGAUCCAAAUGGAAAUCUCAAUGCCAAUGUUAUUCAUCAAUUUGGUUCAAGGAUCAGAGGAAAACUUGCAACACAGGUUCAAAGAAGCAAAUAUACUGCUGUACAAAUGACAAGUGAUUAUCGUGGAGAUGCUUACACAGCUUCGUUAACACUAGGCAAUCCUGACAUCCUUAAUAACUCUGGUGUACUGGUAGCACACUAUCUGCAGAGUAUAACACCAUCCUUAGCCUUGGGUGGUGAAGUUGCAUAUCAACGAGGUCCUGGAGUUCCCGGUGGUCAUGUUGCGGUAGUGUCUGCAGCAGGACGCUACACAAAUGGUGAAUCUACAAUCAGCGGCAGUCUCGGUCUGGCGGGAUGCCAUAUUUGCUUCCACCAGAAAGCUAGUCAACAACUACAAAUUGGAGUUGAACUUGAAGUCAAUUCAAGAAUACAAGAGUCUACAGGCACAAUCGCUUAUCAAAUCGAUUUACCCAAGGCAGAUUUAGUGUUCAGAGGAAGUGUAGAUUCUAAUUGGACAGUGGGUGCUGUUCUGGAGAAAAAGUUGCUGCCAUUGCCAUUCUCGUUUGCACUAAGUGGCAUGAUUAAUCACAGCAAGUCUCAAUUUAGACUUGGAUGCGGUCUAAUCGUCGGCUAAAGAUGAUUGAUUGUUCAGUCGCAUAGCCCAUUUUUACCAUGCAGAGGGAAUCGGGUGUUUUCCGUUUCCUGUCUGACGAGACGUAUGACGUAACUAACACCCAUACCAUUCUAACUUGAUUUUCUUACUUGCAUUCGUCAUUUCUCCACCAGCUAUUGUGAAUACAUUCGUCUGACGCGACCGUGUUGAUCUAUAUUAAAGAAUUAUAUGAGGACUGCAUAAUUUUAUGUGCGUUUAUUUUAUAGUAGUUAAAUGCUGCCCGAACUUUUUGAAAGGAACGAAAUCGUUAUGGCAGUCUCAAAUUCGAAUUAUUCGUCAUUAAAAUCAGUGCGCUUCGACUUUUCGCCACGUAUAACAAUUACUGAACAAAACUUCAGGGAAUAUAAAAAAUUGAGAUACACCACUAGCAACAACGUACGGUCCAACUGAUAGUACCGUUUUGCAUUAAAUACGCAAGGCAUUUAAUUUUAUAAAUAUAUAUUAUCCAGGGACGAUUCUUCCUGAAUAUCAUACUUGACAGAUCUAUUUUUUGCGAAUUACGGUACCUCAUAGCGUUCCAUAACCGUAAAACUCAAUUGGACGUUGUUUCCCUUAUCUACUUACGUAAACGAACUAAGAAUUGAGAUAAUAUUAAUUAAGCUGCAUGAGAUUAUACAAUUACCGUGAUUCGUGUAAAGAAUCGAAAAGGUAGACGGUGCAAAUUAACAAAAAAUUGUUUACUUUUCGUUGCGUCAUUCAAACUUUUCAUAUUUUGCUAGACUACGGGUACGUUUCGAAAUUCAUUGCCAGUACUUCGAGCAUGGUUUUAUUUCACUCUAUUGGAACCAGCUAAAUAAAAAUACGACGAUAGUUCAUGGCACUAGCUUUGAAUUUUUGAGCGAAUUCUAUAUUUAAAUAUCAAAAUCGUAGGUACUAUUGUUUAAUGGAAAUUCGGUAGCUGUAGAAUCGCGUGUUAGGUAACAGAGAACGAAAGAUAGAGAAUGGUAAUAAUGUGUGCGAUGUUGUUAAUAAAUACACUAUAUGAUGAUUAUAUAUAA